AUGUAUACCAAAACUCUCAUUCUCUCAUUCGCUGCCAUUGCGGCCGCCACACCUUUGUCGAUCCGAUCGGAUUACACUGUCGGGCCGUUCAAUACCUGUUCCGCCUCUGAUAAGGCGCAGACCAGCUGCCGUAACACCACUUUAAUCCAAGACGAUUGCUGUAUCGAGACUCGUGGUGGACAGCUUCUGCUCACCCAAUUUUGGGACUGGAAUCCAGCAAAGGGUCCUUCUGCUUCAUGGACCAUUCACGGACUAUGGCCCGAUCGAUGCGAUGGCACCUACGAAGGUUACUGUGACCCAUCGCGCGAAGUAACCGGCGACGAAAUCACCGAAAUCAUCCAAAAGAACGGCGGCCACAACCUCCUCCGCUACAUGCGUCGUUACUGGAAAGAUAAUGCCAGCGUUGACGGAAACCUCUGGUCGCACGAGUAUAACAAACAUGCUACAUGUUUCUCCUCCGGAAGGCCUGAAUGUUACGCCUCAAACAAUAACGCCACUCAUCCACAGAAGGAUGUAUUCGAUUAUUUCUACAGAACCGUAGAGUUGUUUAAGGGUCUUGAUACCUAUAAGGUGUUGAAGGCUGGCGGAAUUGUGCCAAGCAAGACGAAGACCUACACUUUGGAGGAGAUCCAAGCGGCUAUUAAGAAGGCCUUUGGGGUUACCGCUACAAUUGGGUGCACUAAGGGAACCGGGGAGAUUGCGGAAGUUUGGUAUCAUUUCCACGUUAAGGGUGGUAAUGUCUACAAUGGAGAGUACUUGCACAUUGACGGAGGCAAGUCCUUCUGCCCCGACACCGGAAUUAAGUAUCCACCAAAGGAGAAGUCAGAGGAGAACUAA